AUGCCUCAUUUCGACGAGCCUGUCCACGAGGACAGUAUGCUAGAGCCUAUUGCCAUCGUCGGCAUGGCAUGUCGGCUUCCUGGCGGUAUCAACUCAUCGAGCUCCCUAUGGGAAGCACUGAAGGAAAAGCAGUCGAUGCAGACCCCAAAGGUGCCUGCAUCGCGCUUUAACAUUGAUGCGUACCUCCAUGAGAGAUUAGACCGUCCAGGAUCGUUCAACGUGCCCGGUGGCUACUUCCUGAAUGGCAAUGCCGAAGACUUCGAUCCCACAUUUUUUAAUAUAACACCAAUUGAAGCCAUGUGGUUAGAUCCGCAGCAGCGCAAGAUGCUUGAAGUCACUUAUGAAUGCCUGGAGUCGGCGGGCUUAACGCUUGAGGAUGUCAAAGGCUCGAAUACGGCCGUUUUUGUGGGUAGUUUUACCAGUGACUACCAACAAAUGAGCACAAAAGAUGGUGAUUUUCGGCACAAUUAUGCUGCUACUGGGGUUGAUCCAGGCUUGAUUAGCGCUCGUAUAGGGAACACUUUCGAUCUCAACGGGCCCUGCUUUACCAUAAACACAGCAUGCUCAUCUUCUAUAUAUGCCAUUCACAAUGCCUGUCAUGCCCUUCGCACUCGUGAUGCCAGCGCCGCUAUUGCUGGAGGGGUCAAUCUCAUUUUAACUGUUGACCAGCAUAUGAAUACGGCAAAGCUUGGCAUCCUCUCACCAACAUCAACUUGCCAUACCUUUGACGCCUCCGCUGAUGGUUAUGGUCGUGCUGAAGGGGCUGGUGCACUGUAUCUGAAGCGACUUUCUGAUGCAAUUCGUGACGGUGAUCCAGUACGCGGUGUUAUACGCUCGUCAGCAGUCAACACCAACGGUAAAGUCCCAGGAAUGGGAAUCACACAUCCCAGUGAAGAUGGUCAAGAACGUGUCGUACGGCAAGCGUAUGCUCGGUCUGGGCUUGACCCGUUGCGCACAGCGUACGUUGAAUGCCACGGGACUGGUACUCCGGUUGGCGACCCUAUUGAGGCCCAUGCAAUUGGGCGUGCAAUGAAUGAUGCCCGUCCUUCCGAUAAGCCGUUGCUUGUUGGAGCAAUCAAAGCCAAUAUUGGACACAGCGAGGCUGCCAGCGGCAUUUUUGCAGUAAUGAAAGCGGCUCUGAUGACUGAAGAAGGUGUCAUUCCCGGUGUGGCAGGACUCAAGACUCUCAACCCCGCAAUCCGCGAAAAUGAGUGGAAUAUCAAAGUGAACGUCGACACCGCUCCCUGGCCACGAGGUUUCGCUGAAAAACGAGCGGGUGUCUCAUCCUUUGGCUAUGGUGGUACCAAUGGUCAUGUAAUUAUCGAGGCAGUUGACUCCUUGCACCCGCUCUAUAGACAUGGGCACAAACGAGGGGACGAGCCACCGAAGGCUGAUCGUCCCUUUCUCUUACCCUUCUCUGCACACGAUCGCCGUACGCUCGAACGCAACAUCACUGCUCAUGCCAAAGUUGUUUCCGAUUAUCAUCUGGCAGAUAUCGCCUACACGUUGGGAGUUCGCCGGUCACGUUUUGCCACCCGUGGCUUCACUGUCGCUGCCGAGCCACUGGACCCAGAAGACUUUGCACUGUCCGCUUUCGCGAUCGGGUCCGCGCCCCGCAGCCAGCCAGACUUAGCAUUCAUCUUCACUGGACAAGGAGCCCAGUGGUCCGGACUCGGCGUCCAGGCAAUGCAAGCAUUCCCUGUAUUUCGCUCCACCAUCGAGGCUUUAGACCAGGUCCUACAGCAGCUGGAUGCCGCCAUUCGUCCAACCUGGAGCCUUAAGUCUUCGCUAUUGGCCUCUGCUGCUGCACCCAAUAUUAAUGAUGCCAACGUGGCCCAGCCCGUUUGCACUGCUGUUCAGAUUGCCAUCGUCGACCUAUUUGCCUCCUGGGGCAUCGCUCCUACAGUUACCGUCGGCCACUCGUCCGGUGAGAUUGCUGCUGCUUACGCUGCUGGUUUAAUAUCUGCUCCCGAGGCCAUGAUCGCUGCUUUCCUCCGGGGGUAUUCUGUUAGUCAUCACGCACCUGUGGGAUCUAUGUUAGCUGUCGGCCUGGGACUCGGCGGUCUUACCAAGUACCAGGAAUUGCUCGACAAAGACCUCGUUAUUGCAUGUCAAAACUCUCCUGAGAGCUUGACAUUAAGUGGAACUCUGGAAGCAGUCGCAUACGCCAAGAAUGUUUUGUCGGAGGACGGCGUAUUUGCUCGUGAGCUCCCGACUGGAAAGGCAUACCAUUCGCCACAAAUGAACGAUGUUGCCUUCACCUACGAUGCACUACUCGCUCGUGCAGUGGAGGGUCUUAAUGAUGAAUCCCUCAAAUGGCAACGCCCACGCGCACGGUGGUUCUCUUCCGUCAGCGGUACCGAGUAUCCUGGCGACAGUGUUCCUGCAUCAUACUGGAGUCUCAACCUCCGAAACCGCGUACUCUUUGACGAAGCGGUUACUUCCUUGGGGACCGCGCCAGGCUUAGAGCAGGUUGCAGUUGCCAUCGAAAUCGGUCCGCAUUCAGCUCUUGCUGGCCCUUUCAAGCAGAUUUGCAGAGCGAAUAAGCUAGAUCGCUUCACCUACGUAGCUUCUUUGGUACGCAACAAAGACAGCGCCGUACAGUUAUUGAAGACAGCCGGUGCAUUGUUUAUUCAAAAUUAUCCCCUGGAUCUCGAAGAGGUCAAUUCGACCGAAGCGAUCAGUGGGAAUAUGAAGAACAAGGGAAGCCCUCUACUUCUUGUUGACCUUCCACCUUACCAGUGGAAUUACGAGAAGCGAUACUGGGUAGAGCCUCGUUUCAGCCAUGAACAACGAAAUCUGACGAGCCCGCGUCAUGAUCUGCUGGGCAGCAAAAUCGUUGGUUUGUCGGAUCGCUCGCUUGCGUGGAGGAAUGUACUGCGACAUAUAGAUUUACCCUGGCUCAAGGAUCACACCCUUGGAAAAGAAGCCGUAUUCCCGGCCGCCGCGCACUUGUCCAUGGCAACUGAGGCUCUUAGGCAAGUCUGUGAUCAGCGAGGAAUCGAGAUCCAAAGUGUGACCUUCCGCGACGUGCAGAUCAAGGCGGCUUUGAUCAUCCCUGAGGUCGACGACGGUAUCGAGGUACAGCUCCGUCUUGACAAAAAGCAGGAAGAUGGAAUGUGGUACACAUUUGCUGUUGAGUCGUUCGCUAACGGAGAGUGGAGCCUUCAUUCGACGGGUUCCGUUGCGGCCAAUCACAUUGAAGCAGGUACACGUGAGCAUCCAGUUGACCUCGUGAAGCUGACACAACGCGUACCUGGUAAAACAUGGUAUAAGGCCUUCGACAGGGUUGGCUUCGAAUAUGGACCGUCCUUCCAGGCCCUGAGCAACAUCCGAACUAACGGCAAGUAUCACCAUGCCGCUGCCGAUGUCAAAGUGGACACAGCGAGCGGACUCGUCGUCGGUGAGUCGCGGUAUAUGCUACAUCCAUCAACUAUCGAUGGCUGUCUUCAGCUCAUUAUUAUCUCUAUCAACUCGGGCAUGCACAGAGAGAUGCAACAUGGCGUGGUUCCGAUCAAAAUUGAAGAGCUCACCAUGUGGAACGCUGGUGAGGCAACCAAAGCUGCUGGCAGAUCCAUUGCAUGGACAGACGAGCUAGAUGGCCGGUACUUCAACACGCACACAAAAUUAUUCGCAGAAAAUGGAGAUAUUUUGCUGGACGUUAAGAGUCUUCGCUGCGUGUCGUACGAGGCAGCUGUUCCGCAGACGACUGUACCACCCCGUCCUCGCGAGCCAUACAUGGAGACCGUAUGGAAGCCAGAUAUCACCACGCUAACUACCCAGCAAGCACUUCAAACAUAUCCCUCGAUUCAGUUAGAGGAAGAUUCCAUAGCUGCAAUUGUGGAGCUCAUGCAACACAAAACACAUAUUUCUAGUGCUCUUCUGCUUGGUCAAGCCGAUUCCAAAACCUUGCAGGCCGUUUUGAAACAAGUCGCCCCCACCACAAAGCUGGUCCUCGCAGGUGUAUCAGAAGAGCACUUAGAGAGCCUCACUAUCAGCAUCGAUGCUGGCAACCUUUCUACUGUAAGUUCUAAGAAAGGCUUGUUCGAUUGGGGCGAGCAGACACUCGAUGCUCAGGACCUCGUCAUCGUAGGCAAGGAUGCUUGGAGCCACACCAGCGAGCAGGAGCUUCUGACUGAAGUCGCCUCCCUAACUGUCAAAGGUGGCAAGGCGAUCUUUUCGGCUCCCAGUCAUGUGAGGGAACAUUUUGCCAGCACCAUCUGCCAUCAUGGAUUCUCUGACCCUGAACUUCUAUUCCCGCUUCCAGAAGUGUCCAUUAUUUCCGCUACACUUUUUGGAAAUGAUCCGAACGGCCACGCGCACCCAAAACACGAAGUUGUUAUCCUUACAUCGGAUGAGGCCGCCAGAUCGUCCUCCUCUCCUAUUGCAGCCUUCCUUCGGGAGAGUGGCUGCGCUGUCAACCUCAGUGACUUGCGGGAGGACAUCCCUGUGAAGCAAGACAAGGAGGUUACGUAUAUGAUUUAUGAUGCGACCGGCAGCUUAGUCUCAUCACUCGCGGAGGAUACAUUUGAAAGACUCAAGACAGUCUUAACUGGAAGCAAUCCAGUUGUCUGGCUGACAUCCGGGGUGAACGAGGGGUCAUGUGUCUCUGGUGGCAUGAGUCAAGGACUGCUGCGGGCCAUCCGAUCUGAGCAGGCUUCAGCAAAGAUCUUGCUCUUGGAUGCCGACACAACGGAAGAUAUCACGUCCAUCGGAGAAGCAAUUCUAAGCAAGCUAGGGCAUAUAGCUACGAAAGACUCAGGCGCUGAUACCGAAUAUUGGCUCCAGAAUGGUAUUCUCAAAAUUGCUAGGGUGUUACCGAACGAACUUUUGAACGCUCACUUCUCUGCUAAUCUCGCUCCGCCACAGCUGGCUGUAUUGACUUCUGAAAAUGCAUUAUCUGGUAGAAUAGUCAAUGGGGAACUCGUCUUUCAAUCACAGAGCUGGAACAACUCGAGGGUGUUUGCCGAAUGGGACGUUGAGUUGCAGGUACAGUACGCGAGCUUCAACAAAGCCGACCUCCAGGCUCCAAUAAGCGGUAUUUCCAUUGUUGCGGGACCGAUCAAAGCGGUUGGCAGUAGCCUUGAUGAAAGUUUUGUUGGCCGAAAUGCCGUCGCGUAUGCUGAGAAUCCAUUUUGCACUGUGUGCACGGCCCCAGUAUCAGUAGGCGCCUUCUAUUCGGACUUUGAAGCACCUGCACUGGUUGCGACACUUCCAAGCCUCGCUCAGGCCAUCAAUGCUGUUCUGGACGUUGGAAAGGUCCAAGCCAAUGAACGUGUCUUGUUGCUCGCUGCACCGCAUGACUUUGUUGCCGCUGUUGCUGAACUCAAACAAGUUCUAGGUUUCCAGCUCACAGUUAUUGUGGAAUCAGAGCAGGAGAGACAAGGCCUGGCGCUUCGAUCCGGUUUGCCCUCCCAUGAGCUGUUGCUUGCGCCAGAAGUCAAGACUAUCCAUUCCCUCCUCGGAGGAAGCGGAAGUAGCAAGCCGGACCUGGUCGUUUCCCAUGACUUUUCGCCUUUCAGCCAGGAGGUCUGGCGAGCCAUGCCACCAGCUAGUCGCUUUAUUCUGAACGACACCACAAUUGACGGAAGCCUUGAUGCCUUGCCGUUCUCGAAAGGCGUUUCGCUCCUCCUAAGUGGUGUUCGCAAUCUGUACAAGACGCGCCCAUCCGCCUUAGGCGACCUCCUCACCCGAACUAUGAGCUUCAUGAAGGAAAAGAAGAUUCUUUGGAAGCCCAAGAUUUAUGAUAUAGGUGCCAUCAGUGACGUCAGGGAAUUCUCUCUCGGCCAAGGAAUCAUGGAAAACGCCGUGAUCAAGUACGAUUAUGACCACAGUUCUGUAAAGGUCCAACCAUCGGGUAACAUGAUAGAGUUCUCCCCCAACGCCGCGUACUUCCUUGUUGGUUGCCUUGGCGGCUUGGGACGCAGUCUCACCACAUUCAUGAUGGAGCGGGGCGCACGAGACUUUGUCUUUCUCUCACGCUCUGGCGCUGAUAAGCCAGACGCUGCAGCCCUCGUCGAAUCGAUCCAGAAGGCCGGCGCUGCGGUUCAGGUUUUCCGUGGUGAUGCCUCAGUUCAGGCUGACGUCGAUCGUGCUGUCAAUGAAGUGACUGCAACUCGAACUAUCAAGGGUGUGAUACACGCAGCUAUGGUUUUGCAGGACGGAAUGUUCAAUAACAUGACCUUCAAUCAAUUCGAAGCCGCCCUCAAACCCAAAGUUAAUGGCGCGGAUACUCUUCACAAAGCCUUCGAAAAAAUGCCACUCGACUUUUUCGUUAUGACCAGCUCCAUUUCGGCGACCAUGGGCAAUCCCGGCCAAGCCAACUACUGCGCUGGUAACAGCUACCUCGAUUCCCUCGCUUGGCACCGCAAUCUCCGUGGCCUCCCUGCCACCUCGCUCAUCCUGCCAAUGGUCCUUGACGUCGGUGUCGUCUCUGAAAACGCUGGGAUCGAGGAAGCCCUUUCUCGCAAAGCGAUGUACGGCAUCGAUGAGCGUGAACUCCUUCGCGGGUUUGAGACUGCGAUGCUACAGCGCCCUAGGAACACAUCUUCUCCAUCCCUCGGCGAUACCCAGAUCAUCCUUGGUCUCGAGCCUGCCUACCUCGCGAACGCAAUUGCCGCCGCUGAAACCUCCGACGAAGCGUACUGGUACCAGGACUCUCGAUUUACGCACCUCCGCUCCAUCGUCGAGGACAUCCGCACUUCCGCCGGUAGCAGCUCCUCCCGUGAGGGCACCUUUGUUCAGGAACUUGAAUCAUCUCAGGCCCUUGGUCCCGAGGCCAUCCUCCAUGCCAUAUCCUGUCAUAUCGCCAAGAAACUAUCCAACAUGCUGCUCAUUCCUAUCGAGGAUUUCGCCUUUGAAGGGACGUCGAUAUCCGUGUAUGGUAUUGACAGCAUGAUUGGCGCGGAUCUAAGGAAUUGGCUAUUUAAGCUGUUUAGCCUGGAAGUGUCGUUCCAGCACCUUCUCGCGCCUAAGAUGACGAUCCUAGCGUUGGCACGCGCUGUAGCGGAGCAUUUGGGCUUGGUAGAAAAGGCGGAGGCUUGA